UGCCCCACCAAAUAUGUACGCAAUCAGUUUGAUUCCAAUCCAGCUUUCUACUAUAUGUAAAGGCUUUUUGUCGAGUACUUCAUGGGCGUCUGUCUGAAAAUGAUAGCAGAUACCACAAGGUGAAGUUUGACGAGUCGAUGAUACCCAUAUGUUAGUACAUAAGUUUUCCAGUUGAAUAAGAUCAUGCUGCUCGUGAAAGGCAUUCGGAAAUUAUGUACUGUUUGGUCACCGUUUGUCUUCGCUACUAAGCAUUCGGCCUGGCUUUGGAGGACUACUACUACCUGAUCACUAUUACCUUUCAAUCGUCGAAACUGUAUGAUUCCACUAGCGCGAGCUUUAUAUGUUUCAGAAACCUCGCGAUGCGCUGAAUCUGCGACGUACGCGACGGAGCUAAAUGAUAGUUGGGUCAUUGGGUCAAUUCCUCAAGGAGGUUAUACAUUGGGGCAGAUCAUAGAGGCUUGCACUCGAUUUCAAUCGGAGACAGUACAUAAAGAUCCCAUCCACGUAACCGCCCAUUUUCUUCGUGCGACUAAUGUUGGGCCUGCGGAAGUGCGCGUCAGUGUCCAGAAGAUAGGGAAGAAUUUUACAAACCUUUCAGCGGAUCUCACUCAGGCGGGACUCAUCAGACUGACAUCCCACCUUAUUUUUGGUGAUCUUACUCCUGUAUCCGACGGAACUUCUCGCAGUUUGGCAGCGCCAUCUCCAUAUGCCCGACGUCUACCCCUACACAAUCAUCCUUCUGCGGCCGUCCGAGAUAGAAUGAGGCAUGUCUGGAGGUUCCACUCCCUUCUGAGUUGGUCCAUAGACCACACCAUCUUAGCGUGCAAUGCCAUGCGUAGCCAGACCCGAGCUCAUACCGAAAUAAUAGGUGGAGGAGGCGCCGAGUGGGGUGCAUGGUGUGAGCUAAACAGAACAGAAGAUGAAAUAAAGCCAUCGUCUAUGCCAUUUUUUGGAGACAUGUUCCUCAAUCUCCCUUCCCUCCUACCUGACUCAGAGCCAGCUAGUCACGGAACAUCAGACUGUUGGUUCCCAACCGUGACCAUGACAGUCGAAUUCAAGGCCCGUAUUCCCUCAUCUCAGGAUCAUGCCUCUCGGACGGUCGGAUUAUACAGCGAAUCACGUUUUUUGACGGAUCCCCAUGGAAGACAUAAUGCCCACGUGGAAGUCUGGACUGCCCCCUCUGCAAUUGGCCAGGGUAAACUAGAAACCGGUUGGAGGGACAAGCAGUACUGCAUUGCAGUUGUUGAUCAAAUGGCUGUCACUGUGCCUAUGGACCUCAACCAUCGUCAAGGUAGCAGGAACAAAGUGAAGACCAAGCUGUAGACUACUAACCGGUGAUACUGGCAUCUAGUAGUUUCGAGAAUCAAGACAUAUUUGAACUGGAUUUAGGGUUCCUACCGAUACCCGAAUGGCCGGAAUGCAGCUAUCGCCGGCUGCACGCGUGAGUGCGGAGGCACUUUGUAGGAUGUUGCAAUAACGUUGCAAUAUUGUCACUCGGAUCCCAAUGCCUGGAUUAGCCAUAUUCAAGACUCCAUAUUUGUCUCUGAGGACAGCCUAGAGCGUAAUUCUUCCCACUGAGACGG